GACAGUAACUCUCGAAUACCGCCCCGAGUCGAUGUAAAAAAAUUGGAUCGGAAAAACGGGGUCGGAGUGUGUUGUUUUUUCGCGUGUUCCGGGCUCGUGGAUGGUUUCUGUUUGGCCGGAAGUGGUCUACGGUGUUGUAAACAUUCGCAACAUGGACACUCGGGACGAUGUGCUAGCAUAAAACAGCUCCCGGGCGGAAAAAAAGGCGUGUAACGAAGAAUCUUGUGCAAGCGCUAUGCAUGUGGUUCGGUGGAUGUUGUUGACUCGUUUCAGCCCCGUGUGCAUUUGAGGGUUGCUCUGGUGUGGAUCCGGCGUGAGUGUGUGCAUGUGUGUCUGGCAACGGGGAUGCCAUCGAGCAGGCCACCAAAAACUGUCCAGCAGCAGUAUGUACUAGCGUGACUAUGUUAAAUUGAUAGUCCGUCAACAAAUCCCCAUGGCUGUGAUAGUACAUUAAACGCACCUCUAAAAAGCGACAAAAACGAAACGAACCACAACAACAUACGGCCUCUACUUCCUUUCGGCAACAAUUGAGCAACGUUUCCCGCGUGCACCCGACUGGCGAACCCUUCCCUGAGGGCGGGACUGAGGGCAACAGGAAAAGCGAAACCUGGAACUGUGAAGAUUGUCCGUAUUUCGAUCGUUCGGCUCCGACACUCCCCUGACAGUCGUCCCGAUGUCACAGCAGGCGCUGGAAAGUACGGGUGUGAAAAUUUCCAACUGCUCGAAACCGUUCGCCUGCACCGAAUGCAAUAAGCUGUUUCGCCAACUGAGCACACUGACCAACCACAUGAAGAUACACACGGGCGAAAAACCGUACAAGUGCACGAUCUGUCUGAAGGAGUUCCGCCAAACGACCACACUUUCGAACCACAUGAAAAUUCAUACGGGUGAAAAGCCCUUCACCUGUAACUUUUGCGACAAACAGUUCCGCCAGCUAAGCACGCUGUCCAACCACAAGAAAAUACACACCGGAGAAAAGCCAUUCGAAUGUUCGGUUUGCGGCAAACAGUUCCGUCAGUCCAGCACGCUCAACAGCCAUAUCCGGAUUCAUUCGGAUGAUAAAUUUUGCAUAAAACCCUUCAAAUGCAGCAUCUGUCCGAAGGAGUUCCGCCAGACGACGACCCUAGCGAAUCACAUCAAAAUUCACACUGGUGAAAAGCCGUACGCUUGCACGUACUGUAGCAAAACCUUUCGCCAGACGGGCACACUUUCGAACCAUCUGAAGAUACACACCGGCGAGAAGCCGUUCGAGUGUUCGGUUUGUGGCAAACAGUUCCGGCAGUCCAGCACCUUGAACAGCCACAUUCGGAUCCAUGCGGACGAUAAGUAUUGCAAACCUUCACAAACGGAACAGCGGUCCAUUGUGACGCUAAACGGUGGACUGGCGUUAAAAGAUGAGGACGUGAAACCGUUCUUUGCCAUGAUGUAAUAUAUUAGCGCGGAUAGCUUGUUUCUUGUCCCAAACUGACUCCUACUGUAACCCCUUAAAAGAAAAGGAAAGAAAUUGCCACAAAAAAGAAAGCGAGAGAGAACGAAUUCAAAUGUUGGACUGUUGAGGGCAGAUAACCCGCGUUCCCCCCCUUGGUUCGCGCGCUCUGGUUGCUUUAAAUUAUUUUUCAACCUGCAUCCCGGAUUGUCGCCCGGAUGAUAGGUCGGCCAGGGAGGCGGACACACAGGAGCCGUGACCGUUAAUAAAUUGUUGCAAUUUAAGUUAUAAUAACUUUAUCGGUUCGCAGCGCGUAACGUCGCCGAGAGAGAAAAGCCCGGUCGGCUGGCCUCCGAGUCGGAUAUUAGUUGAGGCUUGCACAUCCCAAUUUCGGUUAGCUUUUUAUUUGAUUGUUUUUUGCUUGUUUUCUUGUUCCUGCGUUUAUUUGUUUUAAUGGUAGAAAAAGCAAUUUCAUAAUUUAUUACCGUUAAUAGCGGCGAUCGAUAGUAAUCUUCGCCCGCUCGUCUCUCCGGGUUUGCGUUCCUGUCCCUUCGUUUUUUUUUGCCGGGGUUUUUGUUUUAUUAAUGUUAUUUAUUAACUGCACGUCCUAUAUAACGUACAUUCGGCUGCAUUUCGGCUGUCAAAUUGGUUGAAAUUGUAGAACGCGUGCAGCAGCAGGAACUGAGGCGCAAGCUUACAAAGAAAAGAAGAGAGAGAGAGAGAGAUAAAGAGGAUGGAGGAGGAGGUAUGGGGAAAGUGAGUGCGCGUCGAUCCGUGGCACUAUAAAUAAGUAUAUACAAGCAACACAACAAUAAAACGGUGGAAUAAAAAAACAAACCAACUCACACGCGACCCCGUUUACCAGGAUUUUGGCAAAGCGAAUGGGAAGCGGGUGAAGGGAUUGCACGAGAGUUUGCUGGACGAUGGCCGUUAAAAAUUGCAAUUAUGUUGUGGGGUUUUUAAAGCCAUCACAACAAGCAAGAUGGGCGUAUCCUUUCAUCCGUGUCCAGUUUGUUUCGUCCGAUUUUGGUGUGCAAACGACUGUUAGAAUCGGUAAUAAUCGUAACUCUGUAAGAGACCUAAGAUUUACGGUACGUCAACGAUGCUCGCUCGAAGAAGCUGUCCGGCGGCAAUAUGAGGCAUGAGCAUGUGUUAAGUGUAAAAUAAAAAAUAUCGAUAGCAAACUUUUCAUUAGAGAACGAGGUAAACGAAAACAAAGCAGAAUUUACUAAAUGUAGCAUCCUUUCUUUGAAUGUCACAAUUUUUACUAAAAAUGUACAGACAGACUAUCCACUGCACAAUUGGGAGGCAAAAGAGCAAGAUGGUUGAAUAUCAUUACAGGGCCAUAGGGGGGACAGAGAAUCCGAUGAGAUGCAGGAGGAUCGAAAGCAAAAAAAAAUCCUCCGAUUUCAGCGAUCGGUUCUGAGUGAAACACGGUGUGUAGUAAAUAAUAUGUGAUGGAACGAAUCAUGAUGUAAUAAAAAAGCGUAACAGAAGUCCUACAUCUGUUGAGAACAGAGGGAAAAGAGAAGAA